UCCCCCCUGAAAAUGAACAAAAUGUGAACUAUUAAAUUCAAGUCAAGUUUGACUAAUAUAAAAAAAAACAAACAACUACAAUAAAUAAUUGAUUAUAAAAAUGUAUGUUAUUUUUAUAAUAAUUUCAUAUUACUUUCAUAACGAUUUCUUUUUUAUACAUUUAGACUGGCUUUCCCAGAAAAAAAAAUCAAUGAAUUUUGAGGAGCUUUCUUCUGAUGAUCUGGCAAAGGAACUACGUUGUUUCUAUGCUGAGGCACGGACGAAAAACGGAAACCAAUAUUCGAAAUCUGCUUUGGUGUCCAUUAGAGCCGGUAUCAAUCGACAUCUUACAAGCCCCCCUUAUUCCCGCACCAUCAACAUAAUGAAAGAUAAGGAAUUCAUGUCUUCAAAUCAUGUUUUAAUAGGAAUAGUAAAAUCCCUUAAGCGGGAAGGGGCUGACAAAACAAAACACCAUCCACCAAUCUCUAAUGGAGAUUUGGAGAAAAUGUACUCCUCGGGGGUUUUGUCCAUCACCAAUCCCACUUCACUUGUAAGGAAGGUCUGGUUUGAGAUCACGCUUCAUUUUUGUAGAAGAGGAAGGGAAGGUCUGCGUGAAUUAACUCCCAAGUCAUUUCUCCUUCACAAAGACGAUACUGGCAGAGAGUACUUCACAAUGUCAUACAACGAGGCGGACAAAACACAUCAUGGGGUUGACUCUCGAGAAUCUGUUAAAGACACACGACUCUACGCAUUGCCUGAAUCCGAUUUAUGUCCAGUAAAAUCAUUAAAACUAUAUUUGUCAAAGCGUAAUCCAAAAAACAAUGCAUUCUUUCAGCGUCCAUUGACAAGUUUUGAGCCAGCUUAUGAUGUGUGGUAUGUGAAUGCUCCCAUGGGAUAUCAUACACUUGGAAAUAUGAUGUCAAACAUUUCCAAAGCUGCUGGAUUGUCUUUAACUUACACAAAUCACUGUGUUCGUGCCACCACAGCUACUGUACUAGCCCAUUCUGGGGUAAGCUCUCUUGGGAUCCUGUCGGUAACAGGCCACCGGAAUGAGAAAAGUAUCCAAAGUUACGUAAAUGCACCCUCUGUCUCUCAGCGCCGCCAAUACAGCGAAACACUACAGCGAGUUGCGACUGGUGUGGUAAGUCAAUGCAAUUUGACCUCUCCAGCCCCUCCAUCAUCAGCAUCCACCUCAUUUGUAGCUGUAAGGGAAGUUUCCGAGAGUACUAUGCUUGGUGGUGGUUCUCUUUUCUGUGGCUCAUCAUUCCAUGUGGCUGGGGAGGGCCAGUUGCACAUUAAUGUGUACACUGUUCCUGGGGGGGGGAAAAGAAAUGAAGAAUGA